CUACCAACGGUAAAACGAGGGAGGGGAGGGCAAAUCAGUCAUAGUUUGAAUUCUCAACAACAAAAAAAAACUGCUUUUGCUCUACAACUCUGACAGCUCUGCUUCUACGGCCUACUCCCUUCUUCCCCCCCUCUCCCUCUCAUUCCUCCCUUACUUUGCAGUGAAGAGAGAGAAACCUCUCCACUGAUCACUGAUAACGAAGAACACAACUCCACAAAUUCGAUCAAAAUCCUUCAACUAAUUCAUCAAUGACAGGUGGAUACAUCGGAAUUCUGUGUUCAGAUCCAUGGCUCCAUAAUCAGUUCACUCAAGUCGAGCUUCGGACAUUGAAAUCUCAGUACCAUACGUUUAGGAGAGAGAGUGGACCUCUUACUCUUGCCGAUUUGUCGUCGAAGAUGUCGAAGCUUAAAGUUGUUGGAGAGAAUUUGACUGAAGAAGAGAGAGAUUCGUUUCUACGGAGUAAUUAUCAGGAGAUGAGUGAUGAGGUUGAUUUUGAGCUCUUUCUUAGGGUGUAUUUGAAACUGCACGCACAUGCAAGUUCAAAAAUGGGAAGUCCAGCUAAGAAUUCAUCAGCCUUUCUUAAGGCUGCUACAACAACAUUGCUUCAUACAAUAAGCGAGUCAGAGAAAUCGUCAUAUGUCUCACAUAUCAACAAUUAUCUUGGAGAAGACAAGUUCUUGAAGCAAUACCUUCCUAUUGAUCCCUCAACCAAUGAUUUGUUUGAGAUUGUUAAGGAUGGUGUUCUUUUAUGUAAACUUAUCAAUGUUGCUGUUCCUGGGACGAUUGAUGAACGUGCUGUUAACAUGAAGAGAUUGCUCAAUCCGUGGGAAAGAAAUGAAAACCACACUCUAUGCCUUAAUUCAGCUAAGGCUAUUGGGUGUACAGUGGUUAAUAUUGGUACACAAGAUUUCAUUGAAGGAAGGCGUCAUCUUGUGGUGGGAUUAAUUGCUCAAAUCAUCAAGAUACAACUUUUGGCAGACCUCAACUUAAAGAAAACGCCUCAGUUGGUUGAGCUAGUGGACAGCAGUGAGGACGCAGAAGAGUUGCUGAGUCUUCCACCAGAGAAAAUCUUGUUGAGAUGGAUGAACUUCCAACUAAAAAAGUCAGAAUACAAGAAAGUUGUCACUAACUUUUCCUCUGAUAUAAAGGAUGGAGAAGCUUAUGCUCAUCUUUUAAACGUCCUUGCCCCAGAGCACAGUAAUCCAAGGACAUUGACAGUAAAGGAUCCUCUACAGAAAGCAAAUUUAGUACUUGAACAUGCUGAUAAAAUGGGCUGCAAAAGAUACUUGACAGCUAAGGACAUAGUGGAAGGUUCACCAAAUCUCAACCUUGCCUUUGUUGCACACAUAUUUCAGCACAGGAAUGGGCUGUCUACCCAAACAAAAAACAUAUCGUUUCUUGAAACUUCAGCAGAUGAUGCUCAAGUCUCACGGGAAGAAAGAGCUUUCCGCUUUUGGUUAAAUAGUCUUGGCAAUUCAACAUGCAUAGACAAUGUAUUUGAAGAUCUAAGGGAUGGAUGGAUACUCUUAGAGACACUGGACAAGGUCUCACCAAGGAUUGUCAAUUGGAAGAUUGCAAAUAAGCCACCCAUCAAGAUGCCUUUUAAAAAGGUUGAGAAUUGUAAUAAUGCAAUAAAACUUGGGAAGCAAUUGAAGUUCUCUUUGGUCAAUAUUGCUGGAAAUGAUAUUGUGCAAGGAAAUAAAAAGUUGAUUUUAGCUUACUUGUGGCAAUUAAUGCGAUGCCACAUGAUCCAACUCGUAAGGAACUUAAGGUUCCAUUCUCAUGGGAAGGAAAUCACUGAUGCUGAUAUACUAGAAUGGGCCAACAGUCAAGUGAAAAACUCCGGAGGGCAGUCACAUAUGAAAAGUUUUAAGGAUAAGAGUUUAUCAAAUGGCAUGUUUUUCCUUGAGCUUCUCAGUGCGGUUCAGCCAAGAGUAGUAAAUUGGAGCCUUGUUACGAAGGGAAUAAGUGACGAGGAGAAAAAGAUGAAUGCCUCCUAUAUAAUCAGUAUCGCGAGGAAACUUGGAUGUUCGAUAUUUUUGCUUCCUGACGACAUCACUGAGGUGAACCAAAAGAUGAUCCUGACUUUAACAGCAAGCAUAAUGUAUUGGUGCUUGAAUCAACCUGUAGAAGAUAAGUCAUCCAGUUCUUCAGACAGUGAGAAUGGAAGUCAGUCGGAAACAAUGUCGAAUUCGACACUGGAUGAUGCUGCAUCCGAAUCAUCAUUAGAUGUAUAUAUGUGAUCAAUAUGUAUAUGGGAACUUUUACUCAAGUUCCUUUAAAAUACACCUGAUCUGUUUUUUUUUUCUCUUUUUUUUUCAUUAUUUAAAUUCUCCCGCCAAAAGUUUUAUUUUUCUUCUUUUCUUUUUCAUAUAGGGAGUGAACAUCUAUGAAACCAAAUUUCUAAAAAGAAAUUAAAUUACAUGUGAAUAGUCAGCAUUUAUGUUUAGUCAUGUAAUGUAAUGGAUGCUACAAGACUUAUACAGAUUUUUUUUUCUAUAUUUAAUAA